CAAAGUUCCGAGCCCCGCCCCUCGCUUCGCUGCCCCGCCGUCUGGCCCUGUGGACCCACUACCGACAGACCUGCCCGGCUCUCGCGUGGACCAUGUCUGGUUCCUCCAGCGUCACCGCUAUGAAGAAAGUGGUUCAACAGCUCCGGCUGGAAGCCGGGCUCAACCGCGUGAAAGUUUCCCAGGCAGCUGCAGAUUUGAAACAAUUCUGUCUGCAGAAUGCUCAACAUGACCCCCUGCUGACUGGAGUAUCUUCAAGUACCAAUCCCUUCAGACCCCAGAAAGUCUGUUCCUUUUUGUAGUGAAAUGAAUCUUUGAAGGUGUUCUAAGCGACUUUUCUUGAACCGAUGACUAUUCAGAGUUAUUAAAUUGGAAGCCUGUAUAAAUACUUAUCUUACAAUGUGCCAUACUAUACAAUCUUCUGCUUUUGUCAGUCCUUAACAUCUACCUCUCUGAAUUUUCAUGAAUUUCUGUUCCACAAGGGUGAUUAUUUUAUAUACACUGGCAGCAGCAUACAAAUAAAAUACUUAGU